CAGUGCAGCCUGCCUGGGAGGAGGAAGCUCACACCUGUGCAUGAGAGGGAUCAGAUCUGGAGAGGGUUCCCAAUGAUAGAGAGGGGGGAGUGAUUGGUGUAGGGCAGGACCCUGAGGUGUGUGAAGAUUUGUUAUUAUUGUAACUAGGUGGUUGUGUGAUCGGGAGACGUCCAGUUGUGCGCAUAUCCACCUGGCAGCGCCGGGCUGUGUGCAGUGUGUGUGUGUUGUACAGUAACAGAUCUCGCCGGGGGUAGUGAGGCUGUGUGUGUUCAGUGUGCAUGCUACACACACAGAGCAGGGGCAGGCUGUGUGAUAUCCGUGUAACACACGGGGAAUUAGCUGUGUCGCCUUCCUCCUCUCUCCGAGCAGCAUGAGACUGAAGCCGGGCUUCCUCCUCCGCAGCCUGCUGGUACUAGGCACUUUUUUGGGGCUGCUCAUCCUCUGGUCUUCCCUGUCCUCCGGGCGGACGGAGCCGCACAGCCAGCUGAUCCGGGAAGAAAAUAAUGCCAUACUUCCUCAACCUGGCAAACCCGAGAACAACAUGGCCCCCAAGAACAAUUUCCAACCAGUAGUUCCCUGGCCCCGUGUUGAGGGGGUAGAGGUAGACCUUGAAUCUAUCCGAAGAAAGAAUAAAGUAAAGAAUGAGCAAGAGAAACUGGGCGGGAAUGUGAACAAUCAGCAGAAGGUCAUGCAGCGACAGUACCUUACUUUCAAACCUCAAAAGCACGUGUAUCUUGAUCCAGUACUGAGGUCUGGCAUCUUGGGGAACUUUGAACCUAAAGAACCGGAACCUCAAGGAGUCGCCGGAGGCCCAGGAGAAGGAGGGAAACCAUUUGUGUUAGGAUCUGACUACAAGGACUCAAUCCAAGCCAGCAUUAAAGAGUUCGGUUUUAACAUGGUGGCCAGUGACAUGAUCUCAUUAGACCGGACUGUCAACGAUUUACGUCACGAUGAGUGCAAGUACUGGCAUUACGAUGAGAAUUUGCUGACUUCCAGUGUGAUCAUUGUGUUCCACAACGAAGGCUGGUCUACGCUCAUGAGAACCGUGCACAGCGUCAUUAAAAGGACUCCCAGAAAGUACCUUGCAGAGAUUGUCAUGAUUGAUGACUUCAGUAACAAAGAGCAUUUGAAAGGAAGGCUGGAAGAAUACAUCAAGCAGUGGAAUGGCCUUGUAAAGCUCUUUCGAAAUGAACGUAGGGAAGGGCUGAUCCAAGCUAGAAGCAUUGGCGCUCAGAAGGCCAAACUUGGUCAGGUAUUAGUUUACCUGGAUGCACACUGUGAAGUGGGAAUAAACUGGUAUCCACCUUUAAUCGCGCCCAUUGCCAAAGACAGAACUGCUUGUACUGUUCCUCUAAUAGAUUACAUUGAUGGCAAUGUUUAUACCAUUGAACCACAGCAAGGUGGUGAUGAAGAUGGCUUUGCUCGUGGGGCCUGGGACUGGAGCUUGUUGUGGAAACGCAUUCCAUUAGGCGACAAGGAAAAGGCCAAAAGACAACAUAAAACUGAACCUUAUUGGUCACCUGCAAUGGCUGGAGGUUUAUUUGCCAUUGAAAGAGAGUACUUCUUUGAGCUGGGUCUUUACGAUCCAGGGCUUCAGAUCUGGGGUGGAGAGAACUUCGAAAUUUCCUACAAGAUCUGGCAGUGUGGGGGGAAAUUGUUGUUCACGCCUUGCUCGCGUAUCGGCCAUAUCUAUCGGUUGCAUGGAUGGCAAGGAAACCCUCCACCUGUCUACGUGGGAUCAUCACCAACGCUAAAAAACUAUGUAAGGGUUGUGGAAGUUUGGUGGGAUGAAUAUAAAGAUUAUUUCUAUGCCAGUCGUCCAGAAACGAAAGCCCUGGCCUACGGAGAUAUUAGUGAGCUGAAGAAGUUCCGGGAGGAUCACAACUGCAAAAGCUUUAAGUGGUUCAUGGAGGAAAUCGCGUAUGACAUCCCAUCCCAUUAUCCACUGCCACCGAAAAAUGUGGAAUGGGGAGAGAUAAGAGGUUUGGAGUCCGGCUACUGUAUAGACAGUAUGGGGCAUACGAAUGGAGGCCUGGUGGAACUAGGACCUUGUCACAGGAUGGGUGGAAAUCAGCUUUUCAGAAUUAAUGAAGCAAAUCAGCUGAUGCAGUAUGACCAGUGUCUAACAAAAGGGCCCGAUGGCUCCAAAGUUAUGAUUACUCACUGUAAUUUAAAUGAAUACAAGGAAUGGCAAUACUUCAAGAACAUGCACAGGUUCAUCUACAUUCCAACUGGGAAAUGCUUGGACCGUUCUGAGGUUCUUCACCAAGUGUUCAUGUCAGACUGUGACUCCAGCAAAACAACGCAAAAAUGGGAAAUGAAUAACAUCCUUAGUGUAUAGAACUGACAUUGACGUCCGCGCCGCUCAAGGCAGCCUCAAACCUGCUGCAAACUUUGUACAGCCCUCGUCCUUCUCCAUUCACUGGGAUACCGGAGACCUAUGAGAUUGAUGUAGUGUCAUCCUGCAGUUAAUGUUUACAAGACUGCUUUUACCUUAAACCUUUUUUAGAUGUUUACAUCAUCUUGUUCCAAGAUAAUGUUAGUAAAAGUGCUUCUGGCUCUGUUUGUAGGAACAAAGCUAAAGACUUUUUUUUUUUUUUGGGGGGGGGGGGAUUAUUAACUCAGGGGAUGGAAGGUAGUUAUAACUCACACUUGAAAAUGAUUUGGGGUAGCCAGACAUUCAUAUUCCUUGAUGAUUGUCUAGAUCUUCAUUUAAGAUUCACUUAUUUCUUUCUUUUUCCUCAAAGCACUGCCACGAUGUCUUUCUUCUGCUCUGGUGGCCUUUGCCUGUGCUGCUGUUUUAAAUGGGAAAAUCAGAAAACAAAAA